UCUCAGUCCGUCGCCCGCCGCCGCCGACGCCAUGGCGGCCCCCGGCUCCCUGGCCGAGUGCGGCUACAUCCGGACCGUCCUGGGCCAGCAGAUCCUGGGCCAGCUGGACAGCUCCAGCCUGGCGCUGCCCUCCGACGCCAAGCUGAAGCUGGUGGGCAGCGCCGGCCGCAGCGGGCAGGCGGCCCGGAGCCUGCGGAUCCAGGAGCAGGUGCAGCAGACCCUGGCGAGGAAGGGCCGGGGCUCCGUGGCCCGCGGCAACCUCCACCGAACCAGCAGCGUUCCAGAAUAUGUGUACAACCUGCACUUGGUGGAAAAUGAUUUUUCUAGUGGGCGUUCCCUUGUACCUAAAGCUAACGACAUGCUGAAGUCUGGCAUGAUGGCCACUUACGGAGGAGGUGGCUGGGCGCGAGGCACAGCCCAGUACAGCUCGCAGAGGUCAGUGGAGGACCGGUCCCUGAGGCAGCCUCUGCGGAGGCUGGAGGUGUCCCCUGACAGCAGCCCCGAGCGCCAUCCUUAUGCACACAGUGAGAUCCAGUUCAGCCGAGGUCGGGCACCAGUGCUUCGCCACCAGGACAGCAGGCGUUCUACACUGCUAACACCCCGCUAUGCACGCUCUGAUAUCGUGGGGUUCAGCCAGUCAGGGGGCACCAGCCGACAACGCCACUACCACUAUGAAACGUACCACAGGCAGCCCUACUACGGCUCGGUCAGUGAUGCUGUCUUCGAUGGCGUUCCUGUGCACAGGCCUGGCACUAGCCACAGCAUGGGCAACCUCUUGGAGAAGGAAAACUACCUGAGCGCAGUGCCCAUGGCUGGGCAGGGCAGGCCAUUGGGGUCCCUGCAGCCUGGCACACAAACCAGGGCUGCCAGAUCCUCCUGGCAUCAGAGCUCCUUCCAUAGCAGCCGCACCCUGAGAGAGGCUGGGCCCAGCCUGGCCGGGGACCUGGGGUCCAGGUUGGUGCCCUUGACCGUGGGCCAGGUAGCAGCUGCGGGCAGCGGGAGCAUGCACGUGGAGAGGAGCACUGUCAGUGACUCCCAGCUCGGAAAUGCCGACUUGGAGAUGACACUGGAGCGGGCAGUGAGCAUGCUCGAUGCUGACCACACAACCCUGGCCAGGAUUUCUGCAGCUGCAACCUUCAUACAGCAUGAAUGCUUCCAGAAAUCUGAAGCUCGGAAAAGGGUCUACCAGCUCCGUGGCAUACCCAAGCUGCUGCAGCUGCUGAAGGUUCAGAAUGAAGAUGUUCAGCGAGCCGUGUGUGGGGCCUUGAGGAACUUGGUGUUUGAGGACAAUGACAACAAGGUGGAGGUGGCUGAACUCAACGGGGUUCCCCGGCUGCUGCAGGUGCUAAAGCAAACGGGAGACUUGGAGACCAAGAAGCAAAUAACAGGACAGGAGGUAGAAGAAACUCAAAAAAAUAUGAGCUCAGCCGGCGCUGAUGGGAGGAAGGUAAUGAGGAGAUGCGAUGGACUCAUUGACUCCCUGGUCCACUACAUCCGAGGGACCAUCGCUGAUUACCAGCCAGAUGAUAAGGCCACAGAGAACUGCGUAUGCAUUCUUCAUAACCUUUCCUACCAGCUGGAGGCAGAGCUCCCGGAGAGAUAUUCCCAGAGUAUCUAUAUUCAGAACCGGAACAUCCAGACCGACAACAACAAAAGUAUUGGGUGUUUUGGCAAUCGAAGCAGGAAGGUUAAAGAGCAAUGCCAGGAUGUGCCAAUGCCUGAGGAAAAGAGCAACCCAAAGGGCAUGGAGUGGCUGUGGCACUCGAUCGUCAUUCGGAUGUAUCUGUCCUUGAUCGCCAAGAGUGUCCGCAACUACACACAGGAAGCAUCAUUAGGAGCCCUCCAGAAUCUCACAGCAGGAAGCGGCCCUACGCCAGUCUCGGUAGCUCAGACAGUUGUCCAGAAGGAAAACGGCCUUCAGCACAUCAGGAAGAUGCUGUAUAUGGGGGAUCCCAGUGUGAAGAAGACUGCAGUGUCACUGCUGAGGAAUCUGUCUCGGAAUCUUUCUCUGCAGAAUGACAUUGCCAAAGAAACGCUCCCUGACCUGGUUUCCAUAAUUCCUGACACAGUCCCGAGUACUGACAUUCUCAUCGAAACUACAGCCUCUGCCUGUUACACAUUGAACAAUAUAGUCCAGAACAGUUACCAGAAUGCUCGGGACCUCCUGAACACUGGGGGUCUGCAGAAAAUUAUGGCCAUUAGCUCAGAUGAUGCCCACACCCCCAACAAGGCCAGCAAAGCUGCUUCUGUCCUCCUGUAUGGCCUGUGGGCCCACACGGAUCUCCACAACGCCUACAAGAAGGCUCAGUUUAAGAAGACAGACUUUGUCAACAACCGGACCGCCAAAGCCUACCACUCCCUUAAAGACUGAGGAAAAGGAAAACAGAUGGAAGAAUGUUCUCUCACUGUACUCAGCUAUGAAAAAAAGUCCUAAAGGAUAACAGCUAUUUUUCUACUGCCCAGCUGAAGAAACCUCAAAAAACAAAACAAAAAAA